AAAAAAUGUCGAGAGAAUACCCCAGACAUGCGAUUCCCAAAGCAAAGCUCGGAAUCCAGACAAAAACAUCAAAACACACUUCACAAAAUAUUUUCAAGUCCGCAAUAUCUACCCUCUUUUCCUGCUGCAACACUUUUACUAUGCUCUCUACUGUAUUCCGUCCUCUCUUUACACUCUUACACACAACGUCUCUCUCUCUCUCUCUCACUCAACGUCUCUCUCUCUCUCUCGCGAAGCUGCUGAGGAGCUUUUGAAGAGCAAAUGGAAAGAGUUUUCAGCCUCAUUUUUGGAACUUGUUUGCUUCUCUUGUGUUUGGGUUCCUGCAGUGGAAGCUCAAUCGGGGUUUGCUAUGGGAGAAAUGCAGAUGACCUCCCCACCCCUGAUAAAGUAGUGGAACUGGUUAAACUGCAAAAUAUAAAGUAUGUAAGGAUAUAUGACUCAAACAUCCAAGUCCUCAAAGCCUUUGCAAACACUGGGAUUGAGCUCAUGAUAGGGAUUCCAAAUUCUGAUCUUUUGCCAUUUGCACAAUUUCAGUCCAAUGCGGAUACCUGGUUGAAGAACAACAUCCUACCAUACUAUCCAGCCACGAAGAUAACAUACAUAACUGUUGGUGCUGAAGUUACUGAAGCUCCGAGUAACAUCUCUGCUUUGGUAGUACCUGCAAUGUGGAAUGUCUUCACAGCUCUAAAAAAGGCUGGGCUCAAGAAGAAGAUCAAGAUUUCGACUACUAAUUCUCUUGGUAUCUUGUCCUGUUCAUAUCCUCCUUCGGCAGGGGCUUUUAAUAGCAGUCAUGCCUACUUUCUUAAACCUCUAUUGGAGUUUCUUGCUAAAAGUCGGUCACCUUUCAUGGUAAACACGUAUCCUUACUAUGCUUACAGAGACUCCCCAACCAAUGUAUCUCUAGACUACGCUCUGUUUGAGUCAUCCUCAGAAGUGAUCGACCAAAGUACUGGUCUGCUUUAUACAAAUAUGUUCGAUUCCCAAGUUGAUGCUAUUUAUUUUGCACUAAUGGCUCUGAAUUUCAGCACAAUAGAAGUUAUGGUCACUGAGACAGGCUGGCCGUCAAAAGGGUCAGCGGAGGAGGUGGAUGCAACUCCUGAUAAUGCACAUACCUAUAAUACCAAUUUGAUUCGCCAUGUCAUCAAUGAUACUGGAACUCCGGCAAGGCCUGGUAACGAGUUGGAUGUUUACAUUUUCUCUUUGUUCAACGAAAACAGGAAGCCUGGGCUAGAGUCUGAGAGGAACUGGGGAAUAUUUGAUCCUGACCAGACAAGUAUAUAUAACUUAGAUUUCAAUGGUAGAGCUCCUGUGGACGUAACAACAGAGACAAAUGCCACCAACUCUAACGGAACAUGGUGGUGCAUUGCUUCUUCUGAAGCUUCUGAAACUGACUUACAAAAUUCCUUGGAUUGGGUUUGUGGCUCUGGGAAUGUGGAUUGUUCUGCAGUUCAGCCUAGCCAGCCAUGUUUUGAACCAGAUAGUUUAAUUUCACAUGCAUCUUAUGCUUUUAACACUUAUUACCAGCAAAAUGGGGCUACUGACAUUGCAUGUGGAUUUGGAGGUUCAGGAGUUAAAACAGAUACAGACCCAAGUUAUGACAAGUGCUUGUAUACGACAGCUAGGAACAACAUAACUACCGCAAGUAACAUAACAUCUAAACCUCCAGCUUCUAAUUCUGCAUGGAAAAGUGCUCCAGUAUGGCUUUGUAGUGUACUUAUAGUGACAUUCCUGUAAUUCUUUUGAAUAUGGGUGAAGAUCCUUUAGACAAGUCACGAGUGUCGUGCUAUGCCUUGAGAAUCAAAUAGUAAGGCAUGUAUUGAGGAAAUAUGCAUGAAUAUCUGAUCUGUGGAACAAUUUGUGCAAAAGUUUUAUCCUCUUUUUGUAUGUUGGCAUGCAAGUUCUUAGCUAAGAGUUACAGAUGUAUCAAACCCCAAUGGUCAAGGAGAUUGGUCUAUUCUAUUAGAUGAAUAUAUGUAAGUUUAUGUUUUUGGUUUGGCUUA